AUGAGAGCCCUUCUGAACAAGGCAGACGAAACGUUCGCGUCCACUGGCGGCUCCAUUGACAUUGAGCUGGACAGCAUUGACCAAAAGCUACCCAGAGUUUCUGUGUCCUCCGACUUGGGAAGCGGGAGUGACACGGCGGGAGAGGGAGAUGGACCGGUGUCGGCAAACACUGACGACAGCAACACAAACACGCUGGACGUGGAAGCUCUCCCUGCCACAGCCCCCGAUGACGAUGUCAAGUUCAACCGGUUCACUCUGUCGCAAAAGCGGAUCAUGACCGCAGUUCUGGCCUUUUGUUUCUUCCAGCCCUUCCUCGUCACCUACGCCAUGUUGCCUGCCGUGCCUCUGAUUGCCGAGCAGUUCGACGUCAGUGGCACCAUUGUCACUGUAGGUAACGCUAUCUUCUUCCUCAUCACCGGUUUCUCGUCCUGCUUCUUUGGACCCUUCAGUGAUGCCUACGGACGAAAGGCCGCCCUCAUCACCUGUUGCAUAAUCUUUAUUGUCUCCAAUAUUGGUAUUGCUGCCUCUCCCAACCUCGUUUCCUACUACAUCUUCCGAGCCACUACCGCCAUGGGAGGUACGGCGUUUUUCUCGGUUUCGGGCUCUGCCAUUGCCGAUAUUUGGCGGCCUGAGCACCGAGGCAAGGCUGUGGGCGCCUGCCUUCUCGGCUCUCAAUCUGGAAUGACCAUUGGUCCCAUUAUCGGUGGCUGGAUCGUCACCAAGACUUCCUGGAGAGUCAUCUUCUGGAUGCAGGCCGGAGUUGCCCUGGCAAACCUGCUACUCGUCACCUUUGUGCUCCGGGAGCCCAUGGCCACCACCAAGCACCAAAUGCUAUGCGCUGAGCAAAACAAGCGGUUUGUCUGGAUCUGGAUCAACCCCUUCAAGGUUCUCAUGGGUCUCCGAAACAUGCAUCUUCUGCUGGCAGGUCUCUCCAUUGUUCCAAUCAUGUACGGCAUGGACUGUCUGCUGACUCCCCUUUCUCUGGUUGUCGAGCCCCGUUUCGAUAUCAAGUCUCCUGUCGUCGCAGCUCUCUUCUACCUGCCUCAGGGUGUGGGUUUCCUCAUUGGAUGCUACUUUGGAGGCAUGUACGCGGACAAGACUGUUCAGCGAUGGACCAAGAUCCGUGGCCGACGAGUUUGCGAGGACCGACUUCGAUCCCAGCUCCCUUUUGUUGGCAUCUUGCUCCCCGUCUGUAUGCUCAUCUACGGAUGGUCUCUGGAGAAGGAGUUUGGAGGAGUGGCUGUUCCGGUGGUGACCAUGUUCCUGGUUGGCUUUGGACUGUCCAUGUACUUUCCGUCGCUCAACGCCUACUGUGCCGACUCCAGUCCUGAGCUCGGAACUGCUGCUGCUAUUUCCGGCAAUUACGCCAUUCGAAACUGCGGCAGUGCCAUUGCUGCUGCCUCCACCCUCAAGGCCGUGGAGAACAUUGGCAUUGGUUGGACGUCGACUGUGGCUGCCUUUGGCUUCAUUGCCAGCACUAUUCCCGUCUUCAUCCUGCUGUGGAAGGGCGAGGACAUGCGUCAGAAGGCGGUCCGACGAAUGAUGAGAUGA